CAGAAUAUUAUCAUACGGUUUAAAAUGGCGGAAAAGGAGAGUGGGAAUAUGAAAAACAACAGCUCUGGUGAUGCAGUUCCUGGACGAACAGAGCAGAUAUUAUGUCAACCGUGUUCAAACAAGGAAAAACAAACAGUAGCUGGUGUGUUUUGUUCAACAUGUGACGAGUUUCAGUGCACAGAAUGUUCAAACGUACAUACAACGCACGCGUUCUUGAGAAAUCACAAGCUAGUGAAUGCAAAAGAGGUGAAAACGAAACAAGUUGCGUUUGAUAUGAAGGGGUUAGACCAAUGUGAUCAGCAUCAUAAAGUUUUAGAGUUCUUCUGUGAAGAUGAGAAUCAGCUUUGCUGCAGUACAUGUGCUAUUGUGGAUCACCGGAAAUGCCACAGUGUCGUAGAAAUUCAAAAGAUUGCCGAAAGGUCUGCAUCAGCAAGUUCCAAAUUAAAGGUCAAGUUGCAGGAAGUAAGAGAGAAGGCUGAAAAGAUCGUUAAAAAUACCAAGUCAUCAAAAGAGAAACUGAAUCAAGAUGUUAAAGAAUUGUCUUUGAAAAUUAGACGAAUGCGUGAUGAUGUAAUGAAACUGUUUGACGAUUUGGAAGUUUCCGUUGCUAAAGACGCUGAAUCAUUUAAGACAGAAACAGUCAAUAAGCUGACAAAGAAACAGUCAGACAGUGAGAAACAUAUUGCUGAUGCAACCAAAUUUCUGGAAACAAUCGAUAACAUUCAUCAGAACGUGACACCAUCACAAAAGUUUAUACUGGAACAAAGAAUGAAGAAACAAGUCGAUGAACUUAGCAGCAACGUGGACAAGGAAUGUCAAAGGUUAGAAACUGUGACCAUUUCAUUUGAUUUUGAUAACACUAUGAAACUGCCUCUACUUCCGAUUUCUGAUUACGUUCCGGGACAACUGACAUUAAAAUACUCUGUACCGGAAGCUGCAAAACCUAUAAAAACUGUAGAGCCGAUUGUUAAAUUAACAAACAUUACUUCCAUUGAUCUGAAGCAGACUGGUGAUGAUGUCAAAGAGCCAUUAUACUCUGGACUAGAUUUCCUGCUGGAUGGUAGAGUAGUUACCGUGGAUAAUAAAAACAAGAAAUGUUUGAUCUACAAUGAGAAGCUUGAAAAAGUAGGAUCAUAUCAAUUAUCGUUUAUACCACAGAGUGUAAUUGCUGUAUCUGAGGAGGAAGUGGCGAUAACAAGUGGUAGUAAAUACACGAUUGCCUUUCUUCGUGUCAGUAAAUCAAAUGAAAUAACUUUAAAUAGGACAUGUAAAGUUAAAACACAGUAUGACUCUAUAUGUAUGAAAGAUGAGAGACACUUUGUUGUUGGAACUAUUGAUGAUACAAGGCCCUUUCGUAUUGUAUCUCUGUCAGGAGAAGAAAAAGAUUUCAGUAUCAACUUUCCAAACAAGAAAUAUCCUAUAAACACUAGUGCUUAUACAUAUAUACGGAACAGCGAUAAAGUGGUCCUCACCGAUAGAUACGAACAUACUGUCUACAUAUAUGACAUCACGAGCAACACCAAAGUUGUUGUCAAUGAUGACCAGAUCAAGGAACCACGUAGUGUAGCAGUAGGUCCAUCCGACUGUAUCCUGAUUUGCAAUAAUCAAGCGCAUACCAUUGUACAAAUCUCUCAAGCAGGUCGGUUUCUGUCAUCGUACAAAUUAGAUAUGAUAGGUCCAUACAGAAUCUGUGUUUCCAAGAACAAAUCACUUAUUGCUGUCUCAAGUAACAUGAAUGGUGGAAGAAAGUUGCAGCUGUUAAAAGUUACAUAAUAGAUCCGAUGGCAUUCGGUACUCCGUCACAACUAGAUAGUUUUGCUGAAACAGAAAUGAAUAAACUUGAGUUUUUGUAAUUACAAUGAACCCCUCAACUACAUGUUAGUGUUUUACAUUGUUAAAGGGAAUUCCUAUAGUUUUUAUGCGCAUCUUUCUGGCUAUAGAAAACAGAAGUGAAGUCAACAUUUGUUGAAACAUGUGACAGACAAUCUUAAAUAUGAGGAAUCUUGAAUGAAAUAACAUUUUUGAUAAGUUUUCUCAGUAAUCAAAUGUUGAUACUGGUGUAUGUUGUAUUGACAAGUAUCAUGCCUGACAGGUAUCUUGCCAUUUUUGUGGUUGUGUUUUCACGUCGCAUUUUAGUACAAAGACUGUGUUGUUCAUAUAAUGUAAGACAAUUCACUUAGUACUGAUAAGACAGUAUCACCUUUCAGAUUAUUUAGUAUUCAAUUAUAGAAAGAAUUAAGAAUUUUUAAAACUUUUUUUUUAACUUAUAACAGAUAUACAUGUAAUCAGUUUGGUCAGGUUCGCGCCAUUUUUCGCCCGAACAGGUGUUGUAUUCGAGCGGUCUUAACAUAAAAUUUAGCCUGGUGACUCAUACAUUUUUAGCCAUUUUUAUGCUCACAAUACAAUUAUUUAUACACCGGAAAAACAGGAAAAAAAAUUUAUGAAACAGUUUUUUCAAAAUUUAAAAAAUGUACUCUUCACUAUGGGUAUUUUUCAUUGAAAAAAAUUCACAAAAGUGAAUAUGAAACAAUAUUUUUUUUUCAUUUGUACCCAUUAUUGUAAGGAUAUAGUAUUACAAAUAUGACUAUUAUAUCAAAUAAGUAUAUAAUAAAAUCUGUAAUAAAAAUAAAACUUAUUGUGCUGUCUUGAUGUAUAUUUUGGUUGGUAUUUAUAAAAAAGAAAAUUAUGAAAAUGUUGAAAAAUCGCUCAGCCUGGCAGUUUCAGCAACAGUGGGUGUGUUCAAAACAAAUUUUCACAAAAACAAGCCUGGUGACCCAUUGUUUUUAUUUAUUCAUUGUUUUCAGCACUAAUUUUCCUAUCAUAUAUGUCAAUUUGAAAAAAUUCUAUGAAAGGAAAACAACUAUAGGAAUUCUCUUUAAGAAUAGAGCAAGAUCAUUCGUAUUCUGUAAUCAGAUAAUUUGUUACUUUAGACUGUGCACUAGUACAUAUCAAAAGUUAUUUGAGUACAAACGCUUUUUAUUUGAUAGUACAAAGUUGAUAAUGAAUUUGUUUAAACCCGUCAUU